CAUGGCCUGUGGCUGCUCACUGCCGACCCUGAUUCGGAGCAGUGAACUACUCUCUGCAUCUUGUAUUGAAUGGAAACUGCUGAGUUCUAUUACGUUUAUUACUUAGCCCAGGAUUAUCUGCAGUAUGUGCUCCAGGAAUCACACCUCGGACCAGCCCAGACCAGGGUUGCCCAUGUCCUGCGAACCAUGGCAUCUUCCCUGCAAGACCAAACCGAGGAGGCUCUCAGGCCACUCCUGGACAGGAUUGACAUCACCUCAGUAGCUGUUGCCAAGAGAAUUUUCAAUGGAGUCAUGGAUGAAAAGUUUGCUGAUGGAAAUACUAACUGGGGACGAAUUAUGACCAUAUUUACAUUUGGAGGUCUUCUCACCAAGAAGCUUCAAGAGCAUGGGGUUCAGCUGACUGCAGAGGAGAAGGAGGAGAUCUCUUAUUUCAUCACAGAGUACAUCAUCAACAACAAAUCCGAAUGGAUUGAUGCAAAUGGUGGCUGGGAAAAUGGCUUCCUAACAAAGUUUGAAAGAAGAUCACUACUGUCCUUCUCCAAAAUUACAGCCCUGUUCAUAGCUGUUGUUUCCUUGUUCAGAGAGUACUACUGAAGUAAAAGGAUCUGCCAUUCAUGUGUAGAUAUUGCCACAA